AUGGAUGCACAUGUGGAUAUAUUCAGAGACCUAGAUGCAUCCUUGAUGGAGGUUUUCCAAAGAGGACAAUUUAAUAGAUACCUAGAUCAGUUUCCACAAGAUGAAAGGAAUGAAAGAAUUAGUGAUAUGCAAAUUGCUUUACAACGUCAAAGAGAAUUACAGAAUCAAUGGAAAUAUUAUCAUAUUAAUUGGUAUUUAACAUACAUCCCAUUGAUAGUAAUACACUAUAAAGCUAUUUGGAAAGACUUAACAUGGAGAAAUAUUAAACAUUAUGUAGUGGAAGCAGUUACAUUGGCAGCAAUUAUGAUAGUCAGGGCAUUAAGAUUCACUACUUUUAUAAUUGGAUCAGGAAUAUAUUUCCAAGGGAUUAUUCGAAGAUUAUUUAUCUUUUGUGAUGUUAUUACAUUUUCGGAUAAUUUCAUUAGGGAUGUAUUGACUUAUAUUUUGAAAGAUUCCCCAGCAAUACUUGAAAGAUUAGAAGUGAUUCAUUUUCAUAAUAACAAAAUCAUGUAUUUUUUAAAAUAUGAUGAAUAUAAUGAUUUAUCAAGUUUUCAAAUUAUAAAAAUGAUUUAUGUUAAUAUAACAGCUUCGAUGUUGCAAGCUGAUUGUAUAUCCACUUCAGAGUCUUCAACUUGUAAAUUAUUAACAAAUACAUUGGUGUUUAAGUUUUCCCAUGUUUUACAACAAUAUUUCCCUAAACUAGGUGAUUCUUCAUUAAAAUUCAUCACAUUGUCUGUUUAUAUGACUUAUGCUAUCAUUGGUGAUAUUAUUUGUUUAAAUAUUCUUCUUUUCUUAUCAUAUAAUUUAUUAACUCGAUUCUUGGGUUAUAAACAAAUAUUUUCAGGUCUUCGACAUAUGCUAUGGAGCAGUUUAUUUACUUACUUAGUUUAG